AUACAGAUCCAGUCAAGGUUUAUCCGCUGUGACGCGACAGCAAAUUCCAGUCCGGGUUUCUUUCCAGCCCCUGUAGUCCUCUGCUGCAAAGGCGCCCAUACAGAUCCAGUCCAGGUUUUCCAUUUAUCCGCUGUGGCCCUACAUGAAACUCCAGUCCGGGUUUCUCUUAGGCCCUGUUGUAGCUUCCUGUAAAGGCGCCCAUUGAUCCAGUCCCGAUUUUCCUUUUUGCAGGAAACAAUGCGACAGUCGGCUGUAAAAUAGAAUAUGUAUAAUAGUGACGAUUGUCUAUCCUAAGUAAAUUUUUCACCUUUUCCGUGGACCUGGAUUCUUCAAUCUUUUAUUUCUUAAUAUUCAGAAGAUUGUUCUAUGGACAGAAAUGACGUGAAAGGCGCUUGAUAGUUUCAUGUUUGCGGUACAAGCGUCCCCUGUUUCUGGGAACUCUGCUGCUCCUGUGUGGGCCUAGGGGAUCAUGCUCCGUCCCGGUGGAGAGCGAGAUUACCAGACCUCGGCCAGAAGGAUGGGAACGUCCCUGCUGUUCCAGCUGUCGGUUCACGAGCGAGAGUUGGAUCUCGUGUUCCUGGACCACAGCUAUGCCAAACCCUGGAAUGCUCACCCAGACGCCAGCAGCGCGCGGCCCACCCGCAUGCUGUUUGUCACCCCUCGACGACAGACUGAGCCCUCAGCUGAUUCAGACAUUUCCAUUGACGUGGAGACGGUCACACCCACUCCAAUGCCUCUGUACGACGAUCAGAAAGCUCGCAGUGUGAUGAACGAGUGUGAGCGGCACGUUCUGUUCGCCCGAACAGUUGCUGAUGGACCACUUCCUCCCGACGACUGGGAGGAACACAUCAACAAGGCCGGCUGGUCUUUGGCUCAGAACAAGCUCUUCAACAAAGUAUUGAAGGCUCUACAGGCAGAGAGACUCAGCAGAAUGGCCAAUGAUGCUGCUUGUAAUGAGCCUGUCUUACGCAGGACAGCUGUGGAUAAAUGUGCUCGGAAGGUACGUCACGCUCUGGCCAGCGUCAACUGGGACAUUAAACUCACUCACUGGCUUCAUAACACAAUGGUGGAAUCUCUGAGUCUUUCCAUGCUGGCUGCUUACCUGGAUGUGCUGCAGACACUCAAAAGCAAGGUGCCGUCGCUGAUUGACAGGAUGUUGCUGUCGUCUUCAGUGAAAACAGGAGCGGCAGGGGCUGAGGCUCUUUCUCUGCUCCUCAAGCGUCCCUGGGACCCUGCCGUGGGUGUACUGUCACACAACAAACCUAGUAAACUUCCUGGUUCCCCUCUGAUCCUGAUAGCUCCAUCAGGUCCGACCAACCCUGCCUUCUCUUCCUCUCGACGAAUGAGAUUCUGGCAAUCUCAGCUGUCCUGUCUCGGGAAGGUCAUUCCCAUUAAUGUUCAUGUGGGCAGUGGCGCCAACAUUAGCAUCACGCAGUGUGUAGAGCAUAUGAUCGGCACAGUUAGAGGAAAGGUUAUCGAGGUUCACAGUCACUUUCCUCAUAAACCGAUCAUCCUGGUGGGCUGGAAUGUGGGGGCAUUGAUCGCUUGUCAUGUUUCCCUAAUGGAAUACAUGACAGCUGUUGUGUGUUUGGGUUUUCCUCUUCAGAGCGUCAGUGGGCCACGAGGGGAUGUUGAUGAUCCACUGUUGGACAUGAAGACUCCGGUGCUGUUUGUGGUCGGUCAGAACUCGCUGCAGUGCAGUCCUGAAAACAUGGAGGAGUUUAGGGAAAAGAUUCGGGCAGACAACAGCAUGGUAGUUGUGGGAGGGGCCGAUGACAACCUGAGGAUCAACUCUACUAAGAUGAAGACAGAGGGUCUGACUCAGACCAUGGUGGAUCGCUGCAUUCAGGACGAGAUUGUGGAUUUUCUGACAGGAGUUUUGACCCGUACUGAGAGCCACGGUCAUGGCUCGGGUGAAACGCGCGACUUGGACGCAGAGAAGAAGAAAAAAACGCGUCGUGAACUCCCCUUUGACCUUGAAAGGUCACGACCCUCUUCACCUGCCGUGAGGGUACCUAUCUCCUCUUGUGGAUCAGAGGAUAUGUCCAGCGUGUGCAGCAGUCCCACAGCCAGUCCCAAACCUAAGACCGUCGGGCUGUCUCCAGCUCAGAAGUCCAGUCUCAUUACUGCCACACAGCUAUUGAAGACGCACAUGCAGCGCUCGGGGACUGUGCUAACACACAAACAAGCACAAGCUCAGUUUGCUGCUUUUAUGAAACAUAAUAUGCUGGUGAGGAAAAGCAUUCCUCCUGGCAGCCCUUCAUGUCUCUUUGUGCCUGUACCCAGUGACCAGGUGGAUGGUUUAGACCGAGACGACCUCAGGCUCCACCUUAAGAGGAGACAGACACCAAGCCCCACACCCGCCAAAGCCUCCAAACGAGCCAAGAUCAAAGUCACCAUCGUCUCCCAUGGAGAUACAGCGGGGGGCACGGCUCAGGAAGUGGGUUUAUCAGGAAAACCCCUCGGAGUGACUGUGGGCCAGACGGUGUCAGGGGCCAAAGAAUUGUCUGAGCUUCUCAGUGCACAAAGGUCAGGUGGUCUGGCAGAGAUGACUGGAGCUCUGGGGUCUAGCGAGGGGUCGUUUCACAGCUUACAGGGAAACUUAAUUUCAGGUUCCUUCUCUCCUGUCCAGGCUCAGGUCCCUGCCAGUGCCCAAGCUCCGUCAGCCAGUAGUCUGCUGCAGGGUCUCAGCCUCAGUCUGCAGGAGAUCAACACAAAAUCACCAGGCGUGCCCUCCGCCACACAGGUGUCAGUAGGGAAGGCCCACUGUCAGGGACAGAUGUUGAGCUCACUCAGCCCGGGGAAUGGCGCUCUAUCGCGGACGGUACCAGUAGUGUCUACUGGCUCCGGGGUGACCAAAACCACAGCAAUCCACCAACUCCUCGCCAACAGGGGCCUGGCCAAAUUCACCAACAGCCUGCCACGACUGGCCCACGUGUCUAGUCAGAGCACGGGGCUGAAAGCCCCCACCACUAUCACAGUGACGCUGCGAGGACAGCCCAGCAGAAUUCCCCCUCUCAGCCACAUGGGAGCGACAGGACCUUCUCACAGCGCACCUGAAAAUCAGUGAUCAGAACUCUUUGAACUGCAUUGUGAAAAGCAAAAAUGAUCAUCAGCUCAAGAGAAGCCGAAGGCUCAGAUAGACAAACUGAGAAUCGUACACAUGAAGUGUUGCUGAUAUGCCUUAACACCGGCAGGAGCAACAUGCAUCAUGGAUAUUUCUUUUAUUAUAUUUUAUCAUUAUUUUAUUGCAUCUUUUUCCUUAUACUUGGAGCCAUGUUGUAUUGCAAAAUUUCAAGCAAAUGUGUUGGUCCUUAUUCUUCAUAAUUUCACGUUCAUCAAGUUCAAAAAUUUGUUUUGCCCAUACACUUAUAUUUGACUGGAUGAAGACAAUUUGUCAUUAAGAAUGUUUAUCGCAACUGACCCAAGCAGAGCCAUGGCUUUUUUUCUCACAGCUGCUAUGUGCCUGAUAGAACAACAGCUCAUUCAAUUGUUGAAAUAUUAGAAAUAGAUUUAUAAUGAGGCAUAGUUUUGAAUGUAGAAAUGUUUUUUUUAUGUCCUCUGUUUUAUAUUUAGGAAAACAUUUCCGAUGACAUCUUACAGGUUUUCCUGUAUCUCGGGUUUCAUUCCCUGGGAAUGCAUUUGAGCAAUUCCAUUCAAAUGUCAAGAUAAGAUCAAAAGGUGUCUCAAACUGAAAGAGAGGUUCUGAUGAAUGUGUAUGUGUUUAGGAAACAUAUUCUUCUUCAUGGGUCUUCGGUACCAUAUAUUCCCCUGGGGAAGUUGCUAUUAAAACCAUGUCCUGGUUUUCAGUCAUCUCUCUUAUGGGCUAAAUUAAAAUGAUUUGGUAUAAUAGGGCCAUUAUCUCAUAUCCAGUCUCUCUAUACAUUAUGUCUAACGGGCUCAGGGGGGCAAUCUUUCAUUCUUUAAGCAGGACAGUCCACAAAAAUGUACAAUAUUUCUCUUCAAAGGAUAAUAAAUCCAAAGGUUGACAUGAAUGAGUAAUUCGUUUAAGAUUGUUUUGCAGGGUUGUGCAUAUUGAAAUUAAGGAUACGUUUAAAAAAAUACACAGUCAUGGUCUGAGUAAAUGAAUUUUUUAGAAUGAUAUGACCCAAAGAUGGAUUUAAGCUCUAAAAUUGUAACACACUUUCCCUCUCCUUUGGCUUUCAGUCCAAUAUUAGGAUUGUAUGAUAUUCCCACAAAUGUAAAUAGUCAGAAAGACGACUUUCCUCUUGACUGCUUGUUUUUGCGAGAAAAAAUCUGUUGCAUUUGGAUCACUGGAACAAAAAUCCCUCCCUUACUUUAUUGAUAUCAAAAGGAUAAAUGUACUUUACUAUAGUUAUCAAGAAGAGAAAAAAAGUUUAUCUGAAGGCUUAUUGUCCAAACACUGAAAUCACAGCAAGCACAAAUUGUUUAGAAUUAGUCUUUCUUGACCCCUAAAGCCAUUGACAUAUCUAUGACACAUAUUCAGAUCAUGGUGUUUGUAAAAUGCUGUGUUCAAUGCUGGUAUAUUAUGACCAAUAUUUUCCCAAACUGUUUUCCCGAAUCUGUUUUUCCUAAACAUUUCCCCAAAGCUUCAACAAUAGUAAUGACAAACAUUAGUGACCACUUCGGAUGACGUAAACAACGCUGGUUCAGAAGAACUUCCUGUUUCAGUUUUUUAACACUACACAAACGUUUGAACAAAAUACAACCAAAAGAACAUUUACAACCAAAUUUCAAUGUUAAACAUAUAUAUUUAUGAUUGAAUUAUGUUUGUAAGAUUUAAAAAUAAAAGUAAAACCAAAAGUGUCUCUGGACCAGUGUUUACAUCUUGCAACUUUAACGAAAUGUUAAAUUUCCAAAGGAACCAAAGGAAAUCAAGUUAACAUUAAGAAAAGAUACAAUUGAAAUUCAUUCUAAUGUUGCUAUGAAGUCAAAUGCAGUGUGAUCGAUCCUUUGAGCAUCAUUAUGAUGUUAGUUGGCUUAAGUCAGGAAUUGACUAAACAAGUGAUUCAUUUUUUAUAUUUCUAUCAAAAAAGUCAUCUGGCAUAUUGAUUCUGGGAUAUACACAAACAUUCCGGUAAGCCGCACAUCAUUAUAUGCACAAUAGUGAAACAACAUGACAUGUAUCCUACCAGAUGCAUGCAAGGGGAAUUCCACUCCAGAUGAGUGUUACAUGGGCUCAGAGCUUUAAAAAUAUGGAAUUCCCCCUUAAAAGAAAGAAAAAGAGACACUUAUGUAUCUUUGAAGAACACAAUAUUUCACAAAAGACUUAGAUGAGCUAUAAACCACAGUGAGAGGAGGCUUCACUAUACUGCCUUAUAUCUACAUUAUAUUGGCUUUUAAAGAUCUUAAGGAAGACUGUGCUUUGCCACAUUUUUGACUGGAUGUGCAAAAGCUUUUGUAAAAUUGUAUGAACUGGUGUUGGAUCAGGCCUGGUACUAGACUGGCUCGAAUGGGGGGUUCUGGUUGGGCAGAUAUACAGUACACUGUAAAACUUUGCAGUAAUUUCGCAGCAGGUUUGCCAGUAACUUACUGUAGAUUUACAAUUUUGUUUUACGCAUAAACUUACCUAGUCUAUAUAUUUUUCUUUCAUAAAGCAAGACUAACCAUCUUGGGUCACUUUUCUUGUUAUGUAAAUGUAUCGUAAUCUAAGAGGUUUUAACUAUUUUUACAGAAAACAAGAGAAAAAUGCUUAGGAAGAAUGUCAUUUUUGCAGUGUUGCUGUGCUAAUGCCAGUCUCUUCUUGAAUCUCAAAAGUCAAAGUGUUUUAAUUUUUAUGAAAGUAAUUGAAAACAGUACUAAUUGGAAAGUAUAUUAAGUAGUAAUUAAAUCUACAGUAAGUUACUGGCAAAACUGCUGCAAAAACUACAGCAAAGUUUUACAGUGUACUCACCAUUCAUUGCAUGCAUAUUUUUUACAUUUUUCUGUGAUUAAAUUGAAAGAUCAUUUUUUAUAUAAUACAAAUAAGUAUUUAGUAAGUGUGUAAUAAUACGUAUUUCAUUUUUAAUCAUUUUAAUUGUCUGCUGGGUCCAAGAUAAAUCUGGAGGGGCAAUGCUCGCCUAGAGCUGGCACUGACUUGGAUUA